GAAUAUUUUUAUUAUUAUUUUUCCCAAUCUUUCUCACCCUUUAUUCUUUCCCCUCCCUCCCACCCUCCAAAUCCACCCACUCUUUAUUACCCAAAAAUUCCGGCUUUUCAAACAUUGCUUUUUUGGUUUCCAAAACAAAAUAAGAAAUAUAUAUAAAAUAUCAAUGGCAUUUUGUUUUUUAGAAAAAGGAGUUCCGGUUGGCUUUUUCCUCUUUUUCUACCUCCCUCCAAUAAUUUCAAAGCUUUGAACAUAUAAAUACACGCACAAAAGAAUUUUUUAUUUCCCUUUAACACACAAUUUUAACUGAACGCUCUCACGGGAAUUUAGAAAAAAAACAGACAUUGAGCCAAAUAAAGGGAAUAAAAUUGAGGAAAAGAUAGAGGAGAGAUAUAUCGAGCUUUUUGUCACUAAAAGAGAGAAAAUCAAAAAAUUUAAAAGAGAACUUUUUUUUAAAUUUGUUCUUUUUUUAAUUAAAAUGUUUAAAAUUUAAAUUAAUUUUUUAUGUCUAUUGCCACCAGACAAUAUCUCUAAUUAAUUUUAUUUUUGACUGAAAACUAAAAUAAAAUUGGGAAGUGAGAAGCUUUAUUUGGAUUGGAAAUAAUUUUUACUUUUUUUUUAAAUUUUAUUUUUAAAAUAUUUUAUUUUUCAAAUAAAUAAAAAAAUUUUUUUUGAUCUUUUAUUUACAAAUUUUAACUAAAUUUUCUAUUUUAUUAAAAAAAUUAAAGAAAAAUUUUUAAGAAAAGUUUUUUGUAAAAAAAUAAAGAAUGGUCGAUUGGUUAGGAAUUAUUGCAAUAAUAUUCUUUUAUAUUUUAAUUUUAAUUGUUGGAAUUUGGGCUGGUCGAAAAACAGAUGAAACAAAAAAUGUUAUAGAAGGGGGACAGACAGAAGAAGUAAUGCUUGCUGGCAGAAAUAUUGGUACACUUGUUGGUAUUUUUACUAUGACAGCAACGUGGGUAGGGGGUGCUUAUAUAAACGGAACAGCUGAAGCCCUCUAUAAUGGCGGAAUAUUGGGUUGUCAGGCGCCUGUUGGUUAUGCUUUGUCUUUAGUUAUGGGGGGAAUAUUUUUUGCCCAUCCAAUGCGGGAACAGGGUUAUGUAACGAUGCUAGAUCCUUUCCAGAUAAAAUAUGGGCAGAGAGUUGGGGGAUUGAUGUUUAUACCCGCAUUACUUGGAGAGGUUUUUUGGUCUGCUGCUAUUCUUUCUGCUUUGGGUGCCACAUUAUCAGUAAUUCUUGGAAUGGAUAUGGCAGCAUCAGUUAUUCUUUCUGCUUUUAUUGCUGUAUUUUAUACUUUUACUGGUGGCCUUUAUGCUGUAGCAUAUACAGAUGUUGUCCAAUUAUUUUGUAUAUUUAUUGGGUUGUGGGUGUGUAUUCCAGCAGCUCUUUUACAAAAGAAAACGAGUGAUUUAUCUGCAAAUCCAACCGGUUGGAUUGGACAAAUUGGAGGGUUAAAAGAGAAAUUACUUUGGAUUGACUGUAUGUUGUUGUUAAUUUUUGGUGGAAUUCCUUGGCAGGUUUAUUUUCAACGAGUACUUUCUUCCCGAACAUCUAAAGGUGCACAAAGAUUGUCUUUUGUGGCAGGAAUUGGUUGUAUUUUAAUGGCAAUUCCUCCAGCAAUUAUUGGGGCUAUUGCGAGAAAUACUGAUUGGUCAUUGACCGAAUACUCGCCUUGGGGUAACGGAACAAAGACUGUAUCAAUCCCAGCCGAUCAAACAUCACAAGUUGUUCCUCUAGUUUUUCAAUAUUUAACUCCAAAAUGGGUUGCUUUUAUUGGUUUGGGGGCUGUUUCUGCUGCCGUGAUGUCGUCAGCUGAUUCUUCCGUUUUAUCAGCUGCCUCUAUGUUUGCCCACAAUAUUUGGAAAUUAACUAUUCGUCCCAAUGCUAGUGAACGAGAAGUUAUUUAUGUAAUGAGAAUUAGUAUUAUUGCUGUUGGUAUAUUAGCAACAAUAAUGGCUCUAACAAUAAAUUCAAUUUAUGGUCUGUGGUAUUUAUGUGCUGAUUUGGUUUAUGUAAUUCUUUUUCCACAAUUAUUGUGUGUUGUUUAUUUUCAUAAAAGUAAUACUUAUGGGUGUUUAGCUGGAUAUAUUGUUGGACUUAUUCUACGACUUUCUGGAGGAGAAGCACUUUUACACUUUAAAGCAAUAAUUCAUUACCCUUUUUAUGACCCUUCAACUUCAAUUCAAUAUUUUCCUUUUCGAACAAUGUCAAUGCUUGCUAGUUUAUUAACAACAAUAUUUAUUUCUAAAUUUACAACAAAUGCUUUUCUUAAUGGAAAAUUGCCGCCAGAAUGGGAUAUUCUUGGAUGUGUUGUUAAUCUACCUACAGAUUCUUUACGUUUGCCUGACACUAGCAGUUUUAAUGCUUCAACAAUGUCAGUAAAUAGUAGUGAAUUAACUUUACAGCGUCUCUCUAAUGGAAAUACACAAAAUGGACAUUUAAAAGGUGGACAACAAAAUUUGGCUGUUGCUUCUGUUUCUCCACUUUUACAUCCGGAUGGGAAAAUUGUUAAUAAUAAUCGUGAUUAUGCUUCUAUUAAUUAA